AUGGCAACGGGCCGACGUCACCGUUCGGGCGUGGAAUUUUCCCGGCCCGCGGGCCCAGAGCAGAGGAUCCGAAUGCGCCCACGAAGGCGUCCAGGGCGCUGGGCGCGGACUUCCCGGUCCCUUCUCCCACCUUCCUGCCGCAGCCCAGAUGCCUACACAGAGCACAGUCCGGCAUUAGAGUCUGUGGCUCAGGAUAUCCCCAAGCUGCAGAAACUGGGCAUUACCCACGUCCUGAACGCGGCCGAGGGCCGCUCCUUCAUGCAUGUCAACACCAAUGCCAACUUCUACAAGGACUCUGGCAUCACCUACCUGGGCAUCAAGGCCAACGACACGCAAGAGUUCAACCUCAGCGCCUACUUUGAAAGGGCCGCAGACUUCAUAGACCAGGCCUUGGCUCAAAAGAACGGCCGGGUGCUCGUCCACUGCCGGGAAGGUUACAGCCGCUCCCCAACCCUGGUCAUUGCGUAUCUCAUGAUGCGGCAGAAGAUGGAUGUCAAGUCGGCCCUGAGCCUCGUGAGGCAGAACCGUGAGAUCGGCCCUAAUGAUGGCUUCUUGGCCCAGCUCUGCCAGCUCAACGACAGACUCAUCAAGGAGGGGAAAUUGAAACGCUAGGGCGCCGCCUCUCCCCGUCUCCUCUCCGGUUGUCUGGGCGGGGAAAGGCCCUGGUGGAAGGUUUCCCAAGCUGCCAUAUUUAGGAAACACUGUCCCCUGCCCCCAGCAUCACAAGGCAUUUGCCCACAAGUCUGUCCUGACACAGUUCGGGCCACACUCCCCCCCCCACCGGGAGCACAUAAAGAAGCUUGCUAGGAGGUCCCCUUGCUCCCUGGUCGUCCUGUUUCUGUAACUUCCAAUGUCCUUUCUCUGAGGUGGGGGCUUCCUGGGGGAGGCCUGUGCCUGGCACGCCCCUCAAUGGCCCAGGGCGGGAGGUCUGUGGAGGUGGCAGACCUGAGGCACUCGCAGGCCCCUGGCAACCUCCCUUCCCCCACCCACCCUCUCCCACAUGGAGACCUCGCCCCUUGAGUCCUUGUAAAGGAACUAUGCAAACACAAGCCCCUGUCCCACCACAUUCGUGUCCCCUGGUGUCCCCACGGCCUCCCCUACCCCGUGCAUGAGGUCAGAAGUGGGGGUGGGAGGGGCUGUCAGUGGUGAGUAGCUGGAAGUCCACGAAGAGGCUGCAUUGGGAUGCUCUCCUUAGGAUUUGUGGUCCCUGCACAGAGAGAGGCCCUGGGGUGGGUGCAGGCUCCGGGGACGCACCCAAAUCCACAGACUUUGCAAAAGGCGACUCUGGGGGAGCCUUGGGUUCAGAAGUCACUGCUCUGGGAUGUCCCCUUGGGCCUCUCUCCAUCACUUUAUUUGUGAGGAGAGCGAUGCCUCCCUUGGACAUGGUUUUAUUUUUCUUUUUUAGGGUGUUGAGGUUCAGCCUAUUUAAAAACCACACCGUUUGGACAAUGCAAGUGCUUUGUCCUGAAUUACAGUGCUGGCAGGCCCAGGCCACGCA